CCUGGACAGGAAGGGAAUGGGAAGCUAUCAUUGAAAUGCAUGGCGAACAGUUUGUUGACAGGCUAUCGUUCGGACGAUUGACCAUAUUAAUUAAUUUUAUUCCGUAAGCUAGUAACUUCACCAACUGUGACUCGUAUUUAUAGUUCUAAUACGACAAAGCAUGGAGAGGAAAGUUGUGGCCGCUAGCUAGUGUCAGAAGUUAAAUAGCAGCCACGCUAGCUAGCCCACUUAGCCUGUACAGUCACCUGAUCUGUAGCUACUGAUAGCUAGUAGCAUCAGAUAGCUAGUCUGUGUGGUGGCGGAGUUUGGCCAGCCGUGGUUCUCUCGCCCUCCAGCGGGGUGUUGUUAUCGGUGAAGUGAGGACAGUUCGGCUCGUCCAGAUAUCUUGUCAUGGAGGACCCAUUUGACAGUGAGCGGGCAUCCCUGCCCAGGCACAUGAUAGAGAACAGUAUGUUUGAGGAGGAACCUGACGUGGUGGACCUGGCCAAAGACUCUACAGCCUUCCCGGAGUUCCCAGCGUUGGACCCAGAUGAGGUGGUGUACGAGCCCCGUAGCUCCCGUCUCCUGGUGCGAGGUCUGGGAGAAAACGACCUGGACGAUGAGGAGGAGGACUAUGAGUCAUCAGCCCGCUUACUGGGCAUGUCCUUCAUGAACAGAAGCUCCGCCCGCAGUCCAAGCGCCUCCCCUUACAUCAGACAGGCUCCACCCAGGUCGUGUUCCCGCCCCUCGGCUCGUAUGCUGGUGGUGGGCGUGUUCAUCUUGGUACUGGUCACGUCCAUGGCGAUGGUUCUCUACUUCCUGCCUGGCUGUACCUUCACUAAGGCUGGCUGUCCUAAGGCUAACUCCUCCACUCCUAUGGAGCUGGUCUAUCCUAACAGCACCAAUGGGGAGCUGUUUCCUUGGAAUGAGCUCCGCCUCCCAGCCAGUGUACGGCCUGUAAACUACGACCUUUCCCUGACCCCUAACCUGACUUCCAUGACCUUCACCGGCCGCACCAUCAUCAACAUGAUUAUACAACACGACACCAAGCGCAUCGUUCUGCACAGCUCCGAGCUCAAUAUCAUCAAGGCAACCUUUCAGGUUGGAGAGGGUAAGAGUGUUGAGGUGAAGGUGUUGGAGUAUAAGCCAUGGCAGCAGAUAGCUGUCAGCUUCCCAGAGGAUCUGAAGGCAGGCCAGGUGUGUGUGUUAACAUUGGACUACGCAGCUAACCUUUCACACACCUAUGACGGCUUGUACAACAGCUCCUACAAUGACAAGACUGGAGCCAAGAGGGUCCUAGCUGCCACCCAGUUUGAGCCCCAGGCAGCCAGGAAGGCCUUCCCCUGUUUUGACGAGCCGGCUUUUAAAGCCACCUUCCUGGUCAGGAUCACCAGAGAACCUGAAUACAUCACUCUGUCCAACAUGCCCAAGGCUAAGACGACUACAUUACCCAGCGGCCUGCUGGAGGAUGAGUUUGAGCAGACUAGUGUUAAUAUGAGCACCUACCUGGUAGCCUUCAUCGUAGCCAACUUCACCAGCGUCUCUAGAAACGUCUCCAAAACACUGGUGUCAGUGUACUCUGUGCCAGAGAAGAAGGAACACACACACUAUGCUCUGGACACUGCCUCCAGGUUGCUGCAGUUCUACAACACCUUAUUUGAAAUCGACUACCCUCUGAGAAAACUGGACCUGGUUGCCAUCCCAGACUUCCUGGCGGGAGCGAUGGAGAACUGGGGUCUGAUCACCUUCAGAGAGACUAGCCUUUUGGUACGAAACCAGUCCUCUUCUCUCGACAAACAACUCAUCGCUAACGUCGUAGCCCACGAACUCGCUCACCAGUGGUUUGGGAACCUGGUGACGAUGCGUUGGUGGAAUGACCUGUGGCUGAACGAAGGCUUCGCCACCUACUGGCAGUACACGUCUCUAAUGACAGAGUUCCCACAGCUAUACCUAGACAAUGUGUUCCUGGAAGAGCGGUUCAAGGCAAUGGCCAAAGAUUCUCUGAACUCCUCCCACCCAGUCUCAGUAUCGGCCCAGGUGACCACACCUGAACAGGUGUCUGAGAUGUUUGACUCUAUCACCUAUGAGAAGGGUGCGUCCCUCCUGCUGAUGUUGAGCUCCACUCUGCCAGACGGUCAGUUCAGGAAAGGACUCAUCAACUACCUGAAUAAAUACAACGGAUCUAACACUGUUACUGAUGACCUCUGGAACAGCAUCACACAGGCCCAAGUGCUUCCCCAGCAGGAGAGUGUGUCAGACAUGAUGAGAACAUGGACGCUGCAGAAAGGCUUCCCAUUGGUCACCGUCAGCCGCAAGGGUGGUGAGGUGACCCUCACACAGGAACCCUUCUUGCUCUCCGCAGACAACGCCACAUACACCUCCAGCCUGUGGCACAUCCCAGUGACGUACGUGAAUGACAGCUGUAGCUCCGCCCCUUCCUGCAGACAGAUGUUCACUCUGAGGAAUAAGACCGCGACUCUGAAGGUGUCAGAGAGUGUUAAGUGGCUGAAGUUGAACUACAUGAACACAGGCUUCUAUAUAGUUCACUAUGGAGACGAGGGCUGGGCAGCUCUCAUAGACGCUCUAAAGACUGACGUCAACACACUCACACCCCACGACCGCGCUUCGCUCAUACACAACAUCUUCUCCCUGUCCAGGCUGGGUCAUGUGUCCUUCCGUCAGGUUCUCAGUCUGUUGGACUAUACUACCAAUGAGACUGAGACUGCUCCUCUGACAGAGGCCCUAUCACAGCUCAGCUCUGUCUACAGACUACUGGACAAGAGACAGGAGCUAGGACUGGUGGCCCGCAUGAAGGCCUACAUCUUGGGUCAUUUUGGCCCUCUGAUGGACAGUCAGGACUGGGGAGAGCAGGAGAGUGUCUCCAGUCAGGAGCUGAGGUCAGCCUUGCUAGAGAUGGCAUGUAGUCUUGGACGGCAGAACUGUACUGACCAGGCCACGGCCCUCUACAAACAGUGGACCAACUCAAACCAAACCAAUCGCAUCCCAGGUGAUCUUCAGAGAGUGGUGUUCUCUGUAGCAGCCCUGUCUGACUCUGGUUGGCUGUCUCUGCUGGACACCUACAAACACACCAUUGACGACUCUGAGAAACGCAAGAUACUGCAGGCCCUCGCCUCCACACAGGACCCACGACGCAUCGUAUGGAUUCUGAGUGAGGGGCUCGAGGGAGGGAUUAUCCAUACACAGGAGCUGCCAUUGGUCAUCAGCACUGUGAGCGACCGCUUCGCUGGCCACUUGUUCGUCUGGGACUUUGUCAAAGAGAGCUGGGACAGGAUCAUAGAGAAGUUUCCAGUGGGGUCCUAUCCCAUCCAGAGCAUCAUCAAGUCCACCACCUCCCAGUUCUCCACUCAGACACACCUGGAGGAGGUCCAGGGUUUCUUCUCCAGACUGAAGGAGCGGGGGUCUCAGAUGUGUAGUGUCCAGGAGGCUUUAGAGACCAUCAGACUGAACCAGCACUGGAUGGACAGGAACCUCGCAACACUCAGACAAUGGCUCUAACAAGGCCGCUUGGCAACUGUCGCCCCCGGCAACCCGCUCUGGGGACCGUGUUGGCAUGGCAACAGCAAUGUUUGCACUAUCGUAGGGCUUGUCUCAAAUGACCUCCUAUUCCCCUUUUGUUACUUUUUUUUCAACUACUUUUCGCUAGGGAUGGGCACGGUUAAACCAAUAUCCGGAUAUACGGACAGAUGAUAGUAUUCGAUUACUUGAGUGUUCAUUUUUAGAAGAAUCAAAAUUGGAGGCCUAUUUUAGCAAUGGAAAAAGCUUUGUCUAAAAUAAAUUAUGCAAGGCAACAGUAAACAUGUUGUCCCCCACAAAUGAUGCAUCAUUCUAAAUGGCGGAAAAUCCAUCAUGGCUGACCUUAUGGGUCCCUGAGGCAAAUGUGUUCGUUUUGAGAAGAGGAACCUCUGUACCGAAUGUCAUGGGAUUUUUUAGGUCAAACGGGGUGAGGGGCGUGACCUUUCAAUGUUUGCAUUUUCAAUCUCUUGUUAUAGCGCCACCAUCUGGCCAAUCAGUGUAAUUUUGUAAAUGCUGGAUCUCUAUGGCAAUACGCAUUAUUCACCCAAGUUUCUUCAAUCGGGCCAGUGCUAUCUGAAAUAUUGCACGUAACGAACGUACGUACGACAGAUCCACAGUCCCCUCUCCAAUUUCAUCGUGGGGGACAAUUAUCCUUGGGACAUUUUUACCUACAAGGAUAUAUAGGUAACUGCCAAAAUAUAGGACACACCAAUAUAGUGUCUUAAUAGGGCGUUGGGCCACCACGAGCCGCCAGAACA